AAGACUCGAAUCACUGUUCCUCCCACUCGCUUUCCCCCCCUUCCGUCUUAUAAAAUAAACACACGGAGUUUACUCAGCCAUUCCACAAGUUGAACUCUCCUUCGUUUCAAUUCAACUCCUUAUACUUCAAUCAAUAUGGGUGAAGCCAAGAAAGUAGUUGUGAAGGUGGGUGUACACGAUGAUAAACAGAAAAGGAAGGCUUUGAAGGCAGUUUCAAGUCUUUCAGGGAUCGAGUCCUUAGCUAUGGACAUGAAAGACAAGAAAUUGACGGUGAUCGGUGAUGUUGAUCCGGUUUGUAUCGUCGGAAAACUUAAAAAACAUUGGCACACAGAGAUAGUGACCGUUGGACCAGCCAAAGAAGAAAAGAAGAAAGAGGGCGGCGAUAAGAAAGACGUCGAUAAGAAAGACGGGGAUAAGAAAGACGACGAUAAAGAUAAGAAGAAGAAGGAGGAGGAGGAGGCUAUUAAAAAAUGGGUGGAAGCUUAUAGGGCCUAUAAUCCUUGCAUGACACAGCACUACUGUGUCCAGAGUGUAGAAGAGUAUCCCAAUAGUUGUGUUAUUUGCUGAGUUUUCGAAAUUGUAAAAGAAACAUGGAUAUACAUGUAUAUCACUAUAAGUUAUUUUUCAUAUCA